UUUUCUUUAUAAAAUGGUUGCAGAUAUCGACGAAAAUUAUUUAAGAAACUUACCAAUGAGAUUGUUGUCAUAGCAUUAAUAAAAAUAUGAGUUUUAUUGAUUUUCGGAAUUAAAUUAGAUAGGAGAAUAUUUUGAAUUGAAAAACGCAAAAUGUUUGGUGGUUUUCGAUGCACGGUCCCGGCGGAUGCCGAUCGUAAAGUAGAUACAUCCAAUAACCUUUUUAUAGAGACUGUUAUGGAGCAGGAGCGGCGUGUAAAGGAUUUAAAAGCUCAGGAAAUACAAAUGACAGCCGAGAACCCACGUAUACGCACUCAGCAAGAAACAACAGAUAUUUCAAUAGAACUAAAAGCACAAAAAGUUGAAGAUUUCCUAGAUAAAAAACGGCGACAGCAGCUUCGUCAAAAUAACUUGGAUCUGCGGCAGUUAGAAAAACAGUUGAAAGCUGCAUUUAUUUCUAAACAACUAGCAGAGCAAAAGGUCGCAACCGACAAAUUAAAGCUGGAGCAAAUGAAAAAGAAACGUUUAGAGGACGUUGAGUUUGAUGCGGAGCAAAAGCGUUGCAAAGAGGCACUAGUGGAAAUAGAAAAAAAAGAAUUAAAAAAGAAACAAGAAUUCCGCAACGUCCUCCUAAGUCAAAUGGAAGAAUCCCAACAACGACGAAAAAUUGAAUAUACUGAAGUUCUAAAAGAAAGGGAUGAGAUGCAAAAAUUAUUGCAAAAGUACAAAGCAGAGCACGAAGCUGAGUUAAUGGAAAUUGAGCGAAGAAAGGAAAAUGCGAAAAAGGAAAUGGACGAGUUCAAAAGACUGCAAGACGCUCUUAAAUUAGAAAAUAUGGCUCAAAAGAUGGAUGAAGUGGAACGAUUCCAGGCAAUGAUGAAAGAACGGGAGGAGAAGAAUUUACAAACCAAAUUGGAAAGAGAAGCUGAAACCCAAAGGAGGGCAGAAUUAAGUGAUCGAAUUGGACAACAAUUGUAUAAUGUUGAAAGCGAAAAACGAAAACGCGAAAAUCUUUUGUUGGAUUUAUUGGUUGAGGAACGAAAUACAAACGAAGACAUCAGAUAUAAACAAAAUCUAGAAAAACAAUGGAACGAUCGCUUACAAAUGCGUAGGGAAUUUGAACGUUAUCGUGCGGAACGAGAUCGUCGUAAACUUGAGCAAGAGCAAAAUGAAGACGCUAUAUUCCUAGCUGAUAUGCGAAAACAGUUGGCUGAACGCGAUAAAUUAGAUCAAUUAGCGGAUGAAAAACGUCGUCAAAAAAUAAGAGAACAUGGUCGGGCAAUACAGGAAAUGAUUGAGUUGCGCCGAUGUCAGCGUGCCAUUGAUGCUGCUGAAGAGAUUAAGUGGCAUGAAUAUUUGUUAAGUGAAGAAAGGAAACAAUUGAAAAUGGUUGAAGACGAACGCCUACAAAUGCUCAAAAGAGCUCCAGUCGACGUAUUGCGGUACCUUCCUUCUGGUGUGUUAAAGGAUACAGAUCGAAAAGUUCUUGGUCUUCCCAAUCAGGGUAAAAAGGCUUAAUUUCUGCAUUUGUGUUAAAAUAUUGUACCUGUUUUGAUUUCAAAUGAAAAUAUUUUAUGCCUUCUAUUUUAUUAAUAAAUUCUUUUAUAUUAUACUUACCAAUGAUAUAAAACUUGUUCUAUAAGUUUACUUAAAAAAGCAAUCGAAUAAAAUACAUUUGUCAAU